GCCUAAAACAGGCCCGGAAAAUUGGGCCGGAGCCGCGCUGCGCGCUUUUUCAUUCGAGCGCGAGCGGAUAAGGCCAUGGGAACCACGGUGACUUUGCCCGUGAAGGAGCAGGCGGAGGAGUUCGCCGCUGCCCAGCAGCUGAGCAUCGCCUGCUGCGGGGACUCCCACACCCGGGGCGGCUUUCCGCAGGAGUUGCAGCAGCAGCUGCAGAGGGCCUACCCCAGCGUGGCCUGGCGAGUCCUCAACUUCGGGAACUGCGGUGCCACGGCGAGCAGAACGGCCCGGGCGUACGGGGCCAGCGUGGCCUUCAAGCAGUCGCUGGCCUCGGCGGCGGACGUGGUGACGCUGAUGCUGGGCACCAACGACGCCCACAAGGUCUACUGGAGCGAGCGGGGCUUUGUGGAGAGCGUCACCAGCUUGGUGAAGCAGAUCCAGCACUCGGAUCGCCCGCCGCUGAUCUUGCUGGGGGUUCCUCCGCCGCUCUACCACCGCGGGCAUGCCAUGUCCAGCAUGCUCAAGCAGCAGGUGGUGAAUCGCGAGCUUCCGAGGCUCAUCCCGCAGCUCGCCGAGGAGCUGAAGGUGGCCUACUUCGACGCCUUCUCCGCGCUGGGAGGUGCCAGGCUGCAGCGCCCGGACGCCAUGCUGGCGGAUGGUGUGCACCUGAAUCAGGUGGGGCGGCAAAUCCUGGGUCAGGUGGUGGCCGAUGCGGUGCUGGUCCACAAAGGACUGGUCGUGCAGGACUCCCCGCGGUCUUCCAACAGCUCCGACUCCCCGCGGUCUUUCUGGCCGGAAUUGCUGAAUUUGUGAGCCAGUCGAGAGGAUGGCCGCUUCCCCGCAAGCCACGCGGGAGAAGCAAUUAAUUCGACCGAUUUGCCCCAAAGCCUGGGCGACUUGUGGAAAAGCA